CCAAUACAUCACAGCACGGCAGCAGCUGAACAUUCUUUGAUUUUUGUGGGUUAUUCCAAGAGGAGAAGAAUCGUAGAUUGGGUUUGAUCUAAUUGGGAUGUAAAGAACAACCAUUUGUGUUGCAGUUUUAAGCAAUGAAAGUGAUUGCCGAUCAAAAUUGGGUCCACUCUUGAAGCAGCUUGCAAUAGCAAACAAGAGCAUUGGUGGUGGAGUUGUUGUGGUACUUGCAGAACGAGACAAGGAGGAAAUGGAGAUAGACAUAGCAAAGCUAGAAUUUGACUUCAUGGGGACAUCUGUUAUAUGCCGAAGUGGCAGUCCUCUUAUACUGGCUGACUUAAAGAAGGUCUCAGUUUCAAAGGCACGUGCUAUCAUUGUAUUAGUGUCACAUGAAAGUUCUGAUCUGAGUGAUGCACGUGCUUUGAGGGUUGUGCUCAGUCUCACUGGAGUGAAAGAGGGUGUAAGGGGUCAUGUUGUUGUGGAGAUGAGUGACAUUGAUAAUGAGCCCCUGGUGAAACUUGUUGGAGGGGAUCUUAUUGAAACAGUAGUUGCACGUGAUGUAAUUGGGCGCUUGAUGAUACAAUGUGCUCUACAACCAGGCCUUGCACAGAUAUGGGAGGAUAUAUUGGGGUUUGAGAAUGCUGAAUUUUAUAUCAAAAGGUGGCCUGAGUUGGAUGGUCUGCAUUUUAAAGAUGUUCUUAUUUCAUUUCCUGAUGCAGUUCCCUGUGGAAUUAAGGUGGCUGCUGAAGGCGGAAAGAUAGCCAUAAAUCCAGAUGAUGAUUAUGUUUUGAAAGAAGGGGAUGAAGUCCUUGUUAUAGCUGAAGAUGAUGACACUUAUGCUCCAGAUCACCCUCCAGAGGUACGUAGGGGUCUUUUUCCAAAAAUAGCCGACCCUCCAAAAUAUCCUGAGUGUAUAUUGUUUUGUGGCUGGCGUCGUGACAUUGAUGAUAUGAUUAUGGUUCUAGAGGCAUGUUUGGCUCCAGGUUCGCAACUGUGGAUGUUUAAUGAGGUUCCAGCAAAAGAAAGAGAGAAGAAGCUGGCUGAUGGUGGACUUGAUGUAUCUAGAUUAGAGAACAUAGAACUUGUCCAUCAUGAGGGGAAUGCUGUCAUUAGACGGCAUUUAGAGAAUCUUCCUUUAGAGAAAUUUGAUUCUAUUUUAAUUCUUGCAGAUGAAUUGCUGGAGGACUCUGUUGUGCAAGCUGAUUCACGAUCUCUUGCCACUCUUCUUCUUAUACGAGAUAUACAGUCAGAGCGUCUUCAACACAAAGAUAGAAAUUCAACUUCUUUACGGUUCUCUGGGUUCUCUCACAGCUCUUGGAUCCGUCAAAUGCAGAAUGCUUCAGACAAAUCAAUAAUUCUUAGUGAAAUCCUGGAUUCUAGGACAAGAAACCUGGUGUCAGUGUCCAGAAUUAGUGACUAUGUGUUAUCAAAUGAACUGGUCAGUAUGGCACUAGCAAUGGUGGCUGAAGACAAGCAAAUAAAUCGCGUUCUUGAGGAGCUGUUUGCAGGGAAGAAUAGUGUCAACAGCAACAACGAGAACGAUAAUAGCGGUCAGUCUGACUCUUGGUUUUUAUUUUUAUUUUGGAGAAACAAACAUGAUGAUGGUAAACCAUCAAAAUCAUUUGAGCCUUCAUUCAAUUCAUCAAAACAAAAGAAAGAAGAAUUUGAGCCCAAAGCCAAGGACAAAAAAAGGCAGGAAGGAGAGAAGGCAGCACAACAGGGAAAGCAAGCAUCAAAAAAAGAAAUUUGUUGCUCAUGUAAUGGGCCAAACUCGUCCAAAUAUAAAUGCACAGAGUGUUGUUUGAAAGCUAAAGCCCAUAUGUUACCUCCAAUGCCACAAGAAUUUUCGCCCCUGGAUAAAGAGAAAUAUUUACGCUAUGGAAUGUAUUGAACAUAUUUCAAUUUGGUUUUCU